GGGAGGGGAAGAAGGCUCCCCCACCACCAAAAAGAACCCACUUUGAAAAGAAAACAAAAAAAGUGGAAGGAACUGCAGCAAAUCGAUCUCUGAGCUGACUUGGAGAUGCCCUGUAUCCAAACCCAAUAUGGGACCUUGCUUCAGAGCGGAGGCCCCUGUGAGCGCUACCCAGCGGACCUCUUGACCCCCGAGCUUGGCAAAACCACCAUGGACCUGGUUAACACAGAGAUCACUGCCGCCGCCACCUCUCUGCCCAGCUUCAGCACCUUCAUGGACAAUUACACCGGCGAAUUCGACGCUUUCCUCUACCAGAUCCCAGCCGCCAACCCCGCCGCCGCCUCCUUCAAGCUGGAGGAUUUCCAGGUGUACGGCUGCUACCCCGGCUCCUUCAGCAGCCAGCUGGACGAGACGAUGUCCUCGAGCGGCUCGGACUAUUAUGGCAGCCCCUGCUCCGUCCCUUCCCCUUCCACACCAAGCUACCAGACUUCCCAGGGGCCAUCUUGGGAGAACUCCUUUGGGGCCUAUUCCCCCCCACACGCCUACGAGGGCAUGAGGCCUUGGGCGUCGGCGGCAACGGAGCCUCCGAAAAGUAGUUCCGCCCAGCCGUCCUACUUCUCCUUCGGCCCCUCGGCUCACAGCCCCGGGGUCCCCCCCCAGAGCCCCCUGAAGAUGCAGCCGCCCGCCCACCAGCACUUGGUGGACGGAGACGUCUUCUCUCUCCAGCAACCCUCCUCGUCGGUGAGCUUUUCCCCUUUGCCGCUCAGCCAGGCCUCGCCGGUCCUGGACGGCUCCGGCUUAAUGGACAGUUCGCUCUCGCCAAGCAAGGCGCGCAGCCCAGGGUCCAACGAGGGGCGCUGUGCCGUGUGCGGAGACAACGCCUCGUGCCAACACUAUGGUGUCCGGACCUGCGAAGGCUGCAAGGGGUUUUUCAAGCGCACUGUACAGAAGAACGCCAAAUACAUCUGCUUAGCCAAUAAAGACUGCCCUGUGGACAAGCGGAGGAGAAACCGGUGCCAGUUUUGUCGUUUCCAGAAGUGCCUUGCUGUGGGAAUGGUCAAAGAAGUGGUGCGGACGGACAGUUUGAAAGGCCGGCGUGGUCGUUUGCCCUCCAAACCCAAGCAAACUCAAGACACUUCUCCGGUCAGCCUCAUCUCCUCUCUUGUGAGAGCGCACAUAGAUUCCAUACCCAGCGCAACAAAGCUUGAUUAUUCCAAGUUCCAGGAAUCUGUCUCCUACCAGUUUGAGAAGGAGGACUGCGUGGAUGUGCAGCAGUUCUACGACCUGUUGACAGGCUCGAUGGACGUCAUCCGGAAAUGGGCGGAGAAGAUCCAGGGCUUCCUAGAGCUUCCGAAAGAGGAUCAAGACCUGCUUUUGGAAUCUGCUUUUCUGGAGCUCUUCAUUCUCCGGCUAGCAUACAGGUCCAAGCCAGAAGAAGGCAAGCUGAUAUUCUGCAACGGGGUGGUGUUGCAUCGGAUGCAGUGUGUUCGGGGCUUUGGAGAGUGGAUCGACUCCAUCAUCGAGUUCUCCCAGAGCCUCCACCGCAUGAACAUCGAUGUGCCCUCCUUCUCCUGCCUCGCGGCGCUUGUCAUCAUCACAGACCGCCAUGGGUUAAAAGAGCCAAAGAAGGUUGAAGACCUCCAGAACCGCAUUGUCGGCUGCCUUAAAGACCACGUGACUUCCACCACCAACGAGCAGCUCCAUCCGAACUGCCUCUCGAAGCUGCUGGGCAAGCUCCCCGAACUCCGCACCCUUUGCACUCAAGGGCUCCAGCGCAUCUUCUACCUGAAGCUCGAGGAUCUGGUCCCCCCGCCGCCCAUUGUGGACAAAAUAUUCAUGGACACGCUGCCUUUCUGAGGACUCCGAAAGAA